GGUCAUUUGACAAUCGACUAAAAAUUUGCAAAAAUAUAAACAAAGCUCUAAAUAUUUAGCUGAAAAUUAAAAAAUACACAAACUUUCCUAACAAAUAUAAACGCCAAGCGCUUAACACAAAUAGAACGCAUUCCGGUCUGCUUAGAAUAUUUUACAACAAUAUUUGUUUUAUCACUAUGGCAUCAGCAUCUAGCAGCUCAGCUCGUCAUCUUUUUAGUGAUAGCAAAAAACGUCUUUGUGACCGUGUUGGGGUGAAUGUGAAUAACUUGGGUUCUGUGGCACGGCAAAUAGUGCGCGGCUCCAAAUCCAAUGAGAUACUUGGCCAAAGUAUUAAAAAUUUUACACAAGUGGACAUUGUAUCGGAUUAUAGCAGUCAGAAUUUGCAUAAAAUGCAAUUAAUAUUGCAACACGUCGAUUAUCAACACGAAAUCAUGCUCGAUAGCGUUAAUCAUAUGGAUUAUCUGAAGGAUCAAGUGACGGCUAUGGAAAGAUGAUUAGAAGAGAGUGGCUGUAGAAAUUAGACAUGUGUGUGUGUGAAGUUUUCUACGCCAAAUUGUUUCACUUAAAUAUGAGUUGAAUUAUGCCUAAAUUUUAAAUAAUUGUUUAUUUUUUAAUGAUAAAAUUUUAAGCAUAAUAAGAUUAUUUUGAGUCGAUACUCUAAAGGAUAUUAUUAGUUUGUAUGUAACUACAAUGAAAUUAGUGUAUAUCACAUAUUAUUUUAUACUAAGUCGGUAAUUAGUUAUUCCAGUUUUAAUUCAUUCAUGUAUUUUAGAAAAUACCAUUAUAAGCUUAGUAUUAUAUAAUUUAAUAUUAUAUUUAAUACUUAAUCAUUAAUUUUAUUUAAUAGUUACUUUAAUUUUUGAAUGUUUAAAUAUACUGUUGUUUAGGACCACUUAGAUAUUGCUUGCACAUGCUUUUGUAAAUAAAAAAGGGCUUACCUUUAUAUCA